AUGACCGAUUUCUCGUGCAGUGUCCUCUUGUGCGCUCCCCCCGGCUGGGGUUGGCGGAUAAUUUUUCAAGACUUUUGCACAUAUUUUGCCAGGUCAGUCCCGGAUGUCAUAGUGAAAUCGUUUGAAGACUUGUACACUCAGCACCCCGACCUCUUCGAGGCAGUGAUCCACACGAGCCCAAGACCUACUACCAUCUACUUCCACAAGGCACCCACUUGGUUCAAAGGCUGGAUUGACAUUGACUCUUCCCAGGAUCCCUAUGAUGAGUCCAUGUGGAAAGAGUUUGCAAAGUUCUUGGAUGGUGAGCAUACCUUUGCCGGAGGUCGUUAUGGCAUGGCCAGGGAACUUAUGCAGCGCCAUCUCCCAUUCCUGGCCAACUAUUCGCUCGGUGAGGUCUGUCACAUUGUCCAGCUUGCUAUCCAGCACCGACGGCUAAUUGUGUACCAUCGCAAAAUGUUGAAGCCAAUCCAGACAGUGCUCUGCCAACUGUCCCCUGAUGGAGCAGAUAACACAGAGGGUGAAGAGAUAAAAGACAUGGAUGAUUUGAUGUUGGCCCUUUUCCGUAUGCUGCUGCACCACCCGUCGGGCAUCAGGCUUUGUCGGAUGAAGCAAAUGAUCAAACACGAGUUCCAAAGGAAACUCUCUGAGAUGGCUUUUCAGUGUACCAAGCUUAUCGAGCUCUUCAACGAAGAGCCUCUCAAUAAAACCUUUGUCCUGGACACUGAGAAUGAUGGAAAGUCAAUCUACGUCCGUCUGGGCAACCCAGAGACGUUUUCGGAUCACGUCAAGCGCAACUUGACUAAAAUAGCCUGUCCAGUUUAG